AUGCUAUGCUUGCAAACAGCAGGGACAUUAUGCGUGGAACUGCCCCAACGAGGCAAGUCUAACCAAGGAAAGAAGCCAGAAGGAAAAUCAGGCCCACAACCAGCUCAAGUGUUUCACUUGACAAAAGCGGAGGCAAAUGCUGACCCGAGCGUGGUGGAAGGUACGCUCUUCAUCCAUACUACUCAUGUACAUGCAUUGGUGGACCCUGGUGCCACUCAUUCAUUCAUAGCAAAUGAGUCUGCUAGGAGUUUGGGUCUUGAACCCUCAAUAAUGGGGUAUGGAGUUAGAAUUCAAUCUCCAAUUGGGGAGACUAUAGAGACUAAUUUAAUAGUCCGAGAUUGUGAUGUGGAUAUUGAGGAUGAGAAGUUUAAGAUAGAUCUGAUACUUAUGGAGAUGCAUGAUUUUGAUGUCAUCCUAGGUAUGGAUUUUCUUUCUCCAUAUUGUGCUAAUAUGGACUGUUUGGACAAGACAGUGGAAUUGGGAUGUCCAGGGGGAAAAGUGGUGAAGUUUAAGGGACCACGGUUUGGUAGGCAAUUAAAAUUUGUAUCAGCCUUGAAGGCGUGCAGAUGGUUGGAAAAUGGAGCAUAUGGAUUUAUAGCUCAUGUUAUGAUAGUGGACAAUAAGUCAUAA